AUGACGGGCCCCAUUCAAAGAUCAAAGGAGUUACCAGAUACUGGAACAGACUGCCUAUGGAAGAGCCUAACCCAAUGGUAUCCAAGUGAAGGAGAAGAUUUCUGGGGAUCAUUAACCGGUCCCCCGCUAGCAUUACUCCUCAAAGAAGCAGGAUAUUCUAUUCACCAGCAAGUGGAAAUUUUACAAUUCCAUCACCACUGGGUUGUACCAACACUCGGUUCUGCGCCAGAUUCCAAUAGCGUCUUCAAAUGGCAAACAAUUCUCAAUCCAAAUGGAUUCCCCCUCGAGUACGCCUGGAAUUGGAAUACUUCAACCGGCAAGCCCCAAAUCCGUACUUCAUGGGAACCCAUUGGUUCCGAAGCUGGAACAGACCUCGAUCCACUAAACCAGUCCCUGUACGGAGAGUACCUCGAUCGUCUUGCGAAAGUAGCCCCGAACACAGACCUCAGCUGGUCUAGUUCCCUACUUUCCUCUCUGUUUAGUCCAGAUAAAGACGCUUACACCAAAUCAGGAGCACUGGAUAAGCCAUCUACGUCCCUUGUCGCCGGUAUGGAAUUUACUCAUCUCGGCGCCUUUCGCUCAAAGGGCUACUUCGUGUCUAGACUACCUGGUCAGAAAUUACCAUUACCUCUCUCGCAUUGGAGUAAAGCACUUAGGGCCCUGAACCCGAACUUGAAUAAUAAGAUGGCUGUUCUUGAGGAAUUUCUCACUACGAGCUCCGAGGGAAAGGAAUUACGUCCUUAUAUGGCUGCGGUGGAUCAUCAUGCAGGUCCCUCUGGUUCGAGGCUAAAAUGGUACAUGAAGACUGCGAGUACUAGUUUUCGCUCUGUGAGAGAAAUCAUGACUCUUGGUGGACGGAUCUCGGACAUAGAUCGUGAACUCGAUAGUCUCUAUGACUUGAUAAAGAGACUUGGUCUUUUAUCAGCUGAUCACCCUGAAGAAAACGAAACAGUGCUUCCAACUAGUGAAAAUAUGAACUUUUUGGGUAUCCCAAGGACAGCACAUUACUUUUAUUAUUUUGAUAUUGCUGCUUAUGCCGAGUUGCCUAUUAUUAAGAUAUACAUUCCGUUGCAGAAUUACCGGAAGAAUGAUCUUGAUAUCGCACGUACGAUUGUUGGUUGGAUGGAGGUUCAGGGGAGAGGUUCAUAUGGUGAGAAUUAUCUGCGCGUGUUGCAGGGUUUGGCGGAUGGGAAGCUGGAUGAGUGUUGGGGAUAUCAUACUUUCUUCAGUUUCGCGGUUAAGGCGAAUGGGAAGGUAGAUGUUACGUCGUAUCUUGCGCCCUCUCUGUCUCUUGGCGUGUGCGGAUCUGGACUUUAG